AUCAACCCCUUUGGGGACUAGUUAAGCUAAAUCAUGGUGGCUCCGGGGAAAAGUGCAAGAACAGAAGCAUUACCAAGCAUUCCUGUCUGUGUGCCCGGGUCUGCGUUGGGGGUAGAGGCCAAAUCUUGCAAAGACCUUCUUCCAAUGGUCCUCCCCUCUCUGUGCGCCUGAACCCUGUGUCGCGGGGGCGGAUCCCGGAGGGGGCUCGAACCCUAUGGCAGUAACCAAGCUGCUAAACUGCUGAGCUGGUUUUAAUUGAAGUGUGAGAAGGAGGUUUUAAGGCAGGUAGACAACAUCCUGUUGUUGGGGCGCUCCUCUCUCUUUUUUGCACAUCUGGCUGAACUGGGAGUCAGGGUGGCUGACUGAGCCUGGGUGCAGCAGCAGCAGCAGCAGCAGCGGCGGCGGCCGCAGAAGCAUCUCCCUUCUACCAUCCCACGCCUCGGCCCACCCAAGAAUUCCUCAAGGCCAUGGACGCGGUGACUGUAUACCACGGCAAAAUCAGCCGGGAGACGGGGGAGAAACUCCUGCUCGCCACCGGGCUGGAUGGCAGCUAUUUGCUGAGGGACAGCGAGAGCGUCCCGGGCGUGUACUGUCUGUGUGUGCUGUAUCAAGGUUACAUUUAUACAUACCGAGUGUCCCAGACAGAAACAGGUUCUUGGAGUGCUGAGACAGCACCUGGGGUACAUAAAAGAUUUUUCCGGAAAAUAAAAAAUCUCAUUUCAGCAUUUCAGAAGCCAGAUCAAGGUAUUGUAAUACCUUUGCAGUAUCCAGUUGAGAAGAAGUCCUCAGCUAGAAGUACACAAGGUGCUACAGGAAGAAGAGAAGAUCCUGAUGUCUUCCUGAAAACACCAUGAAGAAAAAUAAAACACGUUGUACUUUAUUUUCAAUAAUUUAAAUAUAUGCUAAAUCUUUUAUAUUAUAGAUAAUACAGUUCAGUGAGCUACAAAUGUAUUUCCAAAACCAUCAUAGUCUUGUAAUGGAAGCAUCUAGCAUGAUGUUAAAGCUGAAAUGGACUUUGUGGAUAAUGAGGAGCUUUGAAAUGAGGAAUGGGGGGAAAAUAAUUCCACGGGUUAUUUUCAGUUACUACAUUUACAAAUGGGAAACGAUUUAAAACAUAAUGAUACUUUAUAAAAGAUUAAUGUCAAUUCUUGCCAAAUAUAAAUAAAAAUAAUCCUCAGUUUUUCUCAAAAGC